AUGCAGAAACGAAGAUCACACACCAAGUCGCGCAGAGGAUGCAAGGGCUGCAAGGAAAAACAUAUCAAAUGCGAUGAACAAGGACCGCCGUGCGCGAAUUGCAAAUCCCGGGGGCUACCAUGCGCCUAUCCACAACAACGCUCCUCGCGCGGCAGCGGUGGUGGUGGUCCCUCCAUUAAAUCCUCGUCGUCCCCCUCAUCCUCCUCAAACUCCACCCAACUCAGCCCCCGCCCGUCCAUCUCGGCGCACCUGCUGCCCAUCGACUCGUCGCCGACGCGGCGGCUGCUCGAGCUGGAGCUGAUGCACCGGUGGUCGACGCGCACGUACAAGGGCAUGUGCGGCAUCCCGAGCGACGCGACGCUGAUGCAACUGGAGCUGCCGCGGCAAGGGUUGUCGGAGCACCCAUCCCUGCUGCACGGCAUCCUCUCGCUAUCAGCGCUCGACCUGGCCACGACAACGGCCGACCCGCGGCAGGUGCAGGGCUACCACCGCGCCGCGCUCGAGUACUACGGCCACGCCACGCGCGCCUUCCAGGACGAGAUGCUCAACAUCACCCGCCAGAACCACUUCGCCCUGUACAUGCUCUCCGCCUUCUUCGGCGUCUUCCACUCCGCCGUGCUGCAUCUGCCGUCGAUAACCGAUGGUGGUGGUAGUGGUAGUCGUAGUAGUAGCAGCAGUAGUAGUAGCGGAGGGCCAGGGGGAGGAAAUGAGGAGCAGGAUCAGGUGAAAAUGCCACCCAACAGCGUCCUGGACCGCAUACCCGAGAUGUUCGCGCUGCAGCGCGGCACCGCCGUCAUCGCGUCCAAAACGUUCAUGUGGCUCCACGAGGACUACGAGUCGUUCCGCCUGGUGCGCGAGAUGGGCGGCGCCCCCGCCAGCCUGUUGGACGCCGACACGCGCCGCGCCCUGGCCCGGCUGGACGUCGUGAACGACGCGCUAUACGGAAUCGUGCGGACGCCGCCAUUGUCGGAAGACGAUGAUGGUUUCGACGACGGCGGCGGAGAGGGCGUCGCGUACGGCGACAUCGCCAUCAAGGCGCUGCUGCACCCGUCGCACGAGACGUACGCGGCCGCCAUCAGCGACCUGCGGCGCUGCUUCGCCGAGCACGCGCGCGGCUGGAUCGACGGCUUCGUCAUGGCGUUUCCCAUGUGGAUGGGCAAGGACGUCGUCGCCGCCAUGGAGCGCCGCGACGACCCCAUGGCGCUGCUCGUCCUCAUGUACUUUGGCGUGCUGCUCGAGUUCAACGGCCGCAACCAGUGGUGGUGCGCGUCGCUCGGCGCCAAGCUGGUCGUCGAGAUUUCCGACGUCUUCGUCCGCUCCGGUAGAGAGUUUGGGCUCGAGUUCUGGGACGCUGUGGCGUGGGCCCGGCGGCAGUGCGGGUUGUCUGUCGGUGGCGUCUGCAUGUCGUCGUCGUCGUCGUCGCAGGACGACGGGAGGUCGGGGGAGGUCGAGGUCCUGGAAUGA